ACCCCUGUGGUCACAUCGGGUCAUGUGAGAGAAGAAGAAGAAGAAGAAGAGGAGAAGGAAGAAGAAGACAUUGAUCAGCAGAUCAAGUGAAAGUAAACCGACAAGAGAAUAAAAACACAGAAUAUCUGUGAGUUCAACCCGCGCGGACCGAGACAAGGCGCCCGAACUCGCGCCGCUUCCGCCCACGAAGAGCCAACAAUGACGGCGUCGGUGUUCUUCGGCUGCACCUUCAUCGCGUUCGGCCCGGCCAUCGCUCUGUUCCUGUUUACCAUCGCCCGCGAGCCGCUGCGGGUCAUCUUCCUCAUCGCGGGAGCGUUCUUCUGGCUGGUGUCUCUGCUGCUGUCGUCUCUGGUGUGGUUCAUCUCGGUGCAGAUCAGCAACAAGGAGAGCGCGGCGCAGCAGAAGGGUCUGCUCAUCUUCGGCGUGGUGCUGUGCGUCCUGCUGCAGGAAACCUUCCGCUUCGCCUACUACAAGCUGCUCAAGAAAGCGAAUGAAGGCCUCCUCACGCUCAGUCAGGAGGAGACGAUGCCCAUCUCCAUACGGCAGCUGGCCUACGUGUCCGGCCUCGGCUUCGGCUUCAUGAGCGGGGCCUUCUCUGUGGUGAACAUCCUGGCCGACUCCGUGGGGCCGGGGACUGUCGGGAUCCACGGAGACUCGCAGCACUACUUCCUUUCCUCAGCCUUCAUGACCAUGGCCAUCAUCCUGCUCCACAUGUUCUGGGGCGUCGUCUUCUUCGACGCCUGCGAGAAGCAGCGGUGGUGGGCGGUGGGCGCCGUCGUCGCCAGUCACCUGGUGGUGUCGUGUCUGACCUUCCAGAACCCGGAGUACGUCAACAGCCUGGUCCCCACCUACGUCAUCCUGCUGCUGAUGGGCGUCUGGGCGUUCUACUCGGCCGGCGGCUCGCUGCGGAACCUCAAGCUCUGCCUCACUUGCAAAGACAAGGACUUCCUGCUCGCCAACCACCGGCCCAGAUAACGCGGCCGCGCCCGACGCAAAAAAAAAAGGAAGCUGUGCGGGACUCUUCUCCAAAGAUCCACCAGUUCACGCACACACACACACACUGUACACAUACACACACACACACGCACACACACACACACACACACACACACACACACACACACACACACACACACACACACACACAUUCUGAGCAGAGAGUUAAUCUGCAGUUUCACAGAGGAGGUCGGAGGUAUGAAAAAGGUAAAAGCAGUGGAAGAAGAAGCUACGAUAGAUUUCAUUUACAUGUAAUGACACGUGGUUUAGCAAAAAUAUUAUUAUGUCCCCCGAUUGUUGCCUGAUGCUCUUCAAAAAAAAAAGGGGGAGGAAACAACUGAUGAACAAACCUACAGAAGAUAUUUUCAGUCGGGGCCACAAUCUGAAAAAAUUCUUCACACACUUUAAAUUUUUUUUCAACUUGUGAAUUUAAUCCUUCAUCAGCAAAACUCUGUGUAUAUAUAUAUAUUUUGAUGCAUUCCCUGGUGUGUAGAUAGUGAGAAGUUUUCAUUUUUUCCAAGUGGUGAUGCGCCAUCUGUAGUCUGUGAGAAGAACAAGCUGCCGCCUUUGACUCCAGUUCGUCUCUGAGACAUGAAUUAUGACUUAUGAAUUUUUUACACUUGAGUGACUUACAUCUAAAUCGCUGUUGCGACUUUGCUAAACACACACACGUCUUGUCAUGUCAACGAAUUCCAGCUUGCGUCACGUGUGAGUUCUGGUUCUCACUGUGUUUUUCCUCCAGUCACUGAAGUACUCACCAGUUUUGUCCCUCUGCUGUUUCCAUCCUCAACCCGACCGACAAACAGGAGGAGGAGUCACGGAAUCUCCAACCGUUUGAAAAGCUCAGUUAUUGACAUACUGGAGUGGAAUGACAACUACUUUUUUGAUUAAUGUACAGUACAGUGCGUGUACUUUUCCUCCUCACAUUACUAGCUCCCAGAUAAGAACACGCAUCAGGCAGACGUGUCGACUCUGUGAUCUUCACACCUUCAAUUUCUUUGUUGCCUUUUUUUUUUUCAUGUUUAAGUCGAUUGUGCUGGGAAUCAUGUGAAAAAUGUCCUUUUUUUUUUCUUGUAAAUUCUCUGCAAUGAAUGUUUUUCCUUUGCACCUGAUUUUUUUUUUUGCCGCUGACCCACAUGUACAGUUUGUUCAGAUCACAGUCUGCGCUGGGACGAGUUAAAGAUGUAAAUCUUAA